UGAACUUCCUGUUUGCUGAGCAGCAGGCUAACGCCAUGCUGCAGGAUUCGUCUGCUGCUACCAACCAGGCAUAAGAGACGUACAGGGGAAUUCUUAGAAGCCCUUUAAUCUGGCUUUCAAAUCCAAAACAACUCUGGUACACAUUCCUGCUCUGACUUUCAUCCUGUAUAGAGGUCACCAUGGCAACCGAGCCACCAGGAUUUGGCCCCAGUGAACACCUGGUGGCUAUGUUAAGGGCCUGCUCCAGAGAUCCAACUGAGGAGAUUAAAACAAGACUGAGAUGUAUGCUGGACACAUUUCUGCAACACCACAGGGACAAUGCAGGAAAUGAGAACACCAAUGAACUGGCAAAAAAGUGCUGCUGUAAUGCCCAGGAAUUGUACUACAGGUUCUUGGAAACCCUGGCCAUUCAAGAGAGGGAAAGGAAAGGCAUCAGUGACAUUUCAGGCAUCUUGGGGAAUGGGCUUUUCCAGUCCUGUCUGGUGGCCUGUUGUCUGGAGAUUACCAUAUCCACAAACCGUCUACCGUGUGACUUCCCUCUGCUCCUUCUGAUCUUAAAACUGGCACCAUACCACUUUCUGAAGGUGAUUGAGCUGGUGUUGCGGGCCGAAGGGGAUCUGUCUCGUCCUGUUUUUAGACACCUCGCCCAAGUAGAAGAAAAAAUUCUGGAGAGCUUGGCCUGGACCAGCCACUCACCACUGUGGGAGGACAUCAGAGCCAAUGAGGGCCAUCUGCCCACCUGCCAACAGGCGAUACCUCCUACAGAGCUUGAAGAUCCAAAGCAAACAGUCUUUCAACCUGACAGAAACCAACCAGUGGAUUUCAGUUUGGGUGCUAAACCAUCUACCAGCACUGAACAACAGCGUUCCCCAUCAGCUGUAAACAGAUCUCGGAGAAGCAACUCCCUCCAUUUUUUUGCUGUCAAGAUCUACAAGUUGAUGGGAAAGCGUCUGAAGGAUCUGUGUUCAACGCUGGUUUAUUGUGAUGAGCUGCGUCUGAAGAUCUGGACCUGUUUUGAGUACUCUCUGGUCCACUGCACUGAGCUCAUGGUAGAUCGUCACCUGGAUCAACUGCUCAUAUGUGCCAUUUUCCAUACAACUAAGAUAAGCACACUGGAUACACUCUCCAAACGCAUAAUGAAUUGCUACAAGUCUCAGCCACUUGCCAGCAAAAGUGUCUGCAAAGACGUGCUGAUUUCAGGAGGAGAUGCAGAAAAUCCUCUCACUGGAAAAAACAGCCGCUCUACCUGUGCCCUUCCAACAGAUUCUGCCCUUUCUGCACCUUCUGGGGAAGUUCAGAGAUCACAGAGCACAAAAAAUAAUGGAGACCACAGCAUCAGUAUCCUGACCCCCAAUACACCAUCAACACAUUAUCCAGGACCUCGUCAGGAGGAGAGAGGCGAUUUUUUUGACUUUUACAUCAAGGUCUACGAGACAAAAAUGCAGCACUUUGCCCUGCAGUUUGGAGGAGACACUCCUCCCUUGUCUCCAUAUCCACGACAGCGGAAAGUGUCUCCUCGCAGACAGCUGCUGUCCAACAGCUAUAAGCUACCACUGGAUAGAGACGAGGAAGAGCGGGGAGAAGGGGAGGAAGACGAAGAUGGUCCUCCAGCAAGGAGGCUUCGUUCGGAUGGUCAGUCAGCCUUGCAGAGGCGAUUAGGGGAUGUGAUAAAUGAUCGUGUGAGAAGUCGGGACCAGGACCAACCAUCUCCAGUUAUAAGGCCUAACCUAUAGUAGAGUGGAGAGUAGCAGGUCGUAUGUUUCUGAGGCUGUAAUAACAAUGUCAGGUGUUAGAGGAGAAGCACAGAGCAGCUUUGUCUUCCCUUACAGGUAUCUGUUAAGAAUUCCUUUGGGCUAAAUUCUUUGACAGCUCUAAGUAUUGUAUCCUGUCUCAGCUAAAAUUAUGCCUCUUUGCUCUUUUGCUCUGUACUAUCUCUGACACUUACUGUCCUUGAAUAAGACACCUAACCCUCAGCUCAGUAGCCAAUGGUAAAAGAUUGUAGUCGCGUCGCCCAGCUCCCGGGUGGAGGUGCAUGAUGUACGAAUCUGAAGUAGGGCAUGGCUGGAAAGUGCUCAGUUGACAUUCCUUAAAAUUGUGGGACAAACUUGGCUGCCUCUAACAGCACUUAUGGGGAAGAAGUGUACGCACAUGGCCGUAAUGAGUACCUGAUUUUAUUUGGCUAAAUUCUGAUUAGGUGAGGGAUGAUACUACUUGAUCAGUGCAAGCCAUUUUAAAGCAUUUUUAAUCUGUUUUUAUCCUGUAAUGAUAUUUUCUUAAAUAUACAUUCAAAUUUUUAAAAGACAAACUUAGUUUAGUCUGUGUGACACCCCUAAACGUACUUUAAUCAAUUCUGGUUGUUUUAAAUUGAGCAUAGCGUUAGUUCAGGCAGGACACUAUGUCAAGCUCAGCUCACAUCCCAGUUACAUCAGCUGAUC